AUGGCUACCAAAAUCGAUGAUUCUAUGCUGGCGCGCAUAUCCUCCGAUUGCCCAGACGAGAUUCGACAAGUCUUGUACCAUGCCUGGGGUCAUGAUAGAAGUGGUCUGCAGAAACUGCUAAAAACCACCGGCAAGGCAAAUGCUCAGGACCCCAAGACUGGGGAGACACCCCUACAUGCAGCUAUCCGAGCCUGCGGGCCUGCUUCUGGGGACGAUGACGACCAGGAAGAGGAUGGCUCCGUUGAAGAGGCUAAAGAGAUAGUCCACGAUCUCUUCCUGAGAGGUGCGAUUUGGAACGAUGUCGAUAGCAACAAUGAGACACCGGGGUGCCUUGCCCUCAGACUUGGCCGUAAGCCUCUAUACAAUCUUUGUGUAGAGGCUGGAGUGCGAGCUGAACUACUGUUCGCUCUUAUGGGGGAUUAUGAAGCACUAUCAUCUGGUUCAGAUGACGGUGACGAAGAGAUGGAAGCUGAACACGAACAAGAUGACGAAGAGGCUCCUCAACUGGUAUCCGCUCAAGACACCGCCCCUCAACCAGAAGAACCCAAGUUCAUCCCUCCCGACGCUCAAGAGAAGCAAGUUACAAGUGAGGAAUAUCUAAAGUCGAAACUUGUAUAUGAUGAUGCCAAACUCGUCGACUCUGACCUCAACGGUGUCAUGAUGGCAUGGGAGACCGAUAUCAUGCGCCGGUCGGUUGCCGCUCUGAUUCCCGACUCAGCCCCUGGCAAACGUAUCCUCAACAUUGGUUUCGGCAUGGGUAUUGUUGAUGGCAUGUUCGCUGAUUUGAAGCCCUCGCGUCAUCAUAUCAUCGAGGCACACCCGAGCGUCCUUGAGCACCUCUCCACAGAUGAAUCCAAAUUUGGCCCAAGUUGGGAGAAGAGCGGCCCUGAAGAGGGCGCCUUUAAAGUGUACAAGGGCAGAUGGCAAGAUAUUGUACCAAAACUCUUGGAAGAUGGUGAGGUUUACGAUGCCAUUUACUUCGACACCUUUGGCGAAGACUACUCUCAGCUACGUCACUUCUUCUCUGAGUGCAUCAUCGGCAUCAUGGACCAGGAUGGCAAGUUCAGCUUUUUCAACGGCCUUGGAGCUGACAGAAAGAUCUGUUACGACGUAUACACCAAGGUGGUCGAGAUGCAGUGCGCCGAUGCAGGCCUCGAUGUCGAGUGGGAGGAGAGUGAUGUAGACAUGUCUGGUCUAGAAAAGGCUGGCGAGGGAGAGUGGGAGGGCGUACGGAGACGAUACUGGACCCUAGACAAAUACCGGCUGCCUGUUUGCACAUUCAUGGGCUAG